CAUUAGAAAAUAGAUGUUCUGAUGGCAUAAAGGAAGCUGGCACUGCAAGAUAUCAUCUUGCUAAGAUUGCCAAAGUAGGAAAGAGGGGUUUGUGUUGGUGCCACCAAGCCAGAGGGCAGGGUUCAUUGUCAAGGAAAACUUCAGGUAUUUCACAAUACUGA